AGAAGAAAAAAAACAAAUCAGUACCAUGGUUGGCAUUUUCUCCAUAUUUUCUGUUAGUAGAAGCGGCCAUAGGAGAACACAAAGUGGCAUCGAUGACAGGGGAGCAUUGCCUCCAAAUACUGAUCUUGUUGCUUCACUUAAUAACCUAGCCGAUUCAACUCAUGGGAUCGAAGUAAACACAGAGUUCGAACCGCUGGAACACCCGAUUGAGCCAUUGGACAAUGAUCAACCCAUCCAGUGUCCACUCCCUGAGCCAUCCAUUCUCAAUGAUGGGAGAAUAUGGAAAGAGAGAGUGUUGGCUUCAAUGAGGAGACGAGGCGAGUUGGCCAUUGCUCAAGAUGGAGUAGAUGUAGAAUCUGAUGAUGGUUCUGUGACAAAACCAUCGCCGACUAGCCAAUACAAUCCCAACCGUCGGUUCUCACCAUCUCUUAGUGCUCCUGAACACCACAUGCUUAAUCUACUAGAAGAAUGCAAAGCUUCUGGUACAAUCUAAAGACCACCAAUGCUCGUCAAAACCAAAUCAUGUUGUAUGUUAUACUCUGAAGAACUAAAACUGAUGGUUAC